AUGAGGAAGAAAACUGUUUCACAAAAGCCUCCACGUGAAAAGAUCUUCAAGCUUUCUGCAAAGCAAAAACCUUUCACUCACUCUCAAGACCGAACCUUCACUCCAUCACCUUCUCGUCCUACCUCACCUCCUCGGUCGGAUCCAAUGGCUCACACUAAGAACCCCUUAAGGUUUCCACCUUCAGCCAAGCAGACACCUCCACCAAAGGAACCUCCUUCUAAACAUUGUUCGUCGAAGCCAAGCUCUUCGAAAGGGAAACGCCCAGCUGCUAGCGAACCUACCUCUGAGCCCACACAACCUAAGACAAGGUCUAUUCCCUUGAGUUCUCAAGGAGGUAAACCUCGACUCCCUCUUAAAUCUAUUAGAGAACUAGACAUUGAUCCUUUUGCUCAUAAAUCCCACUUCAUGACGUCUCACUCCAACUAUAAUCCUUACAGAUUUAAGUCUGCCAUGAAUAAUGAUUUUUAUGAAGGAGUUAUUAAGUACCGUACUGAUGAAACAGAUUCUUGCUAG